GAUCGAGCUUCGCUUCAAGGAAAGAAGCUUGCGCGCCACUCCACUGCAAGAACGCGCCUUAUUUAUUCUCUCCCAAACGCAGCGGCAUUCACCACAGGGGACCACCACAAUGGCGGCCACAUCCUCCCCCUCAGCGGCAGAAGGCGGCGGCGCGCACGUCCUGCUGCUGCCGUACCCGGGUGCGCAGGGCCACACGAACCCGAUGCUCCAGUUCGGCCGCCGCCUCGCGUACCACGGCCUCCGCCCCACGCUGGUCACCUCGCGGUACGUGCUCUCCACCACCCCGCCCCCCGGGGAGCCCUUCGGGGUGGCCGCCAUCUCCGACGGCUUCGACAGCGGCGGUAUGGCCUCGUGCCCUGACCUCUCCGAGUACUCGCGCCAGCUUGAGGCCGUCGGCUCCGAGACGCUGGCGGAGCUGCUCCGGUCCGAGGCCUCGGAGGGGCGCGCCGUGCGCGUGCUGGUGUACGACCCGCACCUGCCGUGGGCGCGGCGGGUGGCGCAAGCGGCGGGCGUGGCGACCGCAGCGUUCUUCUCGCAGCCGUGCUCCGUGGACCUUGUCUACGGCGAGGUGCGGGCAGAGCGUCUGGCGCUGCCGGUGAAGGACGGAAGCGAGCUGUUCACGCGCGGGCUGCUUGGCGUGGAGCUUGGGCCGGACGACGUGCCGCCAUUCGCUGCGAAACCGGACUGGUGCCCAGUGUUCCUUGAGGCGUCGGUGCGGCAAUUCGAGGGCCUAGAGGACGCCGACGACGUGCUAGUCAACUCAUUCCGCGACAUCGAGCCGAAGGAGGUAGAUUACAUGGAGUCAAUGUGGGGCGCAAAGACAAUCGGCCCAGCAUUGCCGUCAUUCUACCUCGAUGACGACCGUCUACCGGCUAACAAGACUUACGGUUUCAAUCUCUUCAGCGGCACUGUAGCGUGCAUGGCUUGGCUUGACAAGCAGCCUCCUUGCUCUGUUGUCCUUGUAUCCUAUGGGACCGUCUCCGACUACGAUGAAACACAGUUAGAGGAGCUUGGCCGUGGAUUGUGCAAUUCUGGCAAACCGUUCCUUUGGGUUGUGAGGUCCAAUGAGCAACACAAGCUGUCCGAUGAACUCCAUGACAAGUGCAAGGAACGGGGCCUUAUUGUUUCUUGGUGCCCCCAGCUUGAGGUCCUGGCACAUAAAGCCACAGGGUGUUUCUUCACGCACUGCGGAUGGAACUCAACAUUGGAAGCAAUUGCUAAUGGCGUGCCAAUGGUGGCAAUACCACAUUGGGCGGACCAGCCAACCAUAUCAAAAUACAUGGAGAGCAUGUGGGGCAUGGGUGUACGGGUGUGCAAGGACGAGAUAGGCUUGGUGACAAGGGACGAGGUGGAAAGGUGCAUCAGGGAGGUGAUGGAUGGGGAGAGGAAGGAUGAGUACAGGAGGAAUGCCACUAUGUGGAUGCAGAAGGCCAAACAGGCAAUGCAGAAAGGAGGGACCGCGGACAAGAAUAUUACUGAAUUUGCCGCAAAGUAUUCAUCAAUUUAAACAUCUAGUGACAUAGUAUUUGUUGGUAAGCACAAUAACUGUUUAUGAUAUUGUGCCCUCCAAGUAUUGAGGAAAGCUAAAGAUGCUGGCAUUUUUAUGUGUCUGCACUCAGAAGCCUUUGAAAAAGUAAAGUUACAAGUGUGUAAUUUAGUUAAGCCUUUGAAGAGGUAAAGUUACAUGUUGUGUCAUUUAGUUAUUUUACAUAAAUUUGUUUGGAGAUUUUAACUUAA